AUGGCGCGGCGGCGCUGGCCCCCUCCUGCCGCCCCGAUUGGGCGCAGCUCCCAGGAAGGGGAUGCGGAGGCGGGGCCCCGAGAGGGCGGGGAGAGCGGCCGCCGAAGGGAAGGUGUCCGUAAGAGGAGCGAAGGCCCGCCUCCGCGGCUCGCUCAUUGGGCGGGGGUCAGCGGCAGCGGCCAGCCUUUGGCGCGCGGGGCUGUCGCUUGCGGGCGAGGCCCCGCCCGCGAGGGCGCGCGGAGCCCGCCCCCUCGGCGGCUGGGAGGCCCCGCCCCGUCCUCGGGGAGCCCUUUUGUGGGAUGUUUACAUCGCCGCCUGGGCCGACCCAGCCGCGCUGCACCGGUGCGAGUAGCACGCCAAGCCGGCCUCCCUGCCGCCGAGGGCCCUCGCACGAGAGCACUCAGGCAAUGCACCAGCACCCGCGUGCAGACUGCAACGACGUCACGCACGCCAGCCAAGCCGCUCGCACAAGCCUCCCAGCUGACCUCGCGGCGGCGGCAUCUGCCUCGCUUACGGGCAGGGUUGCCAACUUUGCUUCCCAGCUCCUGCUCCUAUGCCUUUGACAAUCGUUUGGGCAGCAGGCGCUUAUCCCUUGCGCUUCCACCAUGGCUGGUUUCUGCAGCUCAAGGGGCUGCAAAAGGCACCCGAGUAGGCCAGGGAGGCCCCCCCCCGCCCGAUAAGUUGGAAACCCUACCUACGAGGCGCAGGCAACCCCUUCUCCUCGCCCCAGGCAGCGCGGUAGCAGGCCAUCAGAGCCAACGUGGUGCGAAAAUGCGGAGCGAGCCAUGCACAGAAGUCAAGCGCCCAGACAAUAUUCUGCCUGCGAGAAGUCUUAAGCCUUCCUGCAUGCCGCUGAGCAGCGGACAUUUCUGCAAGCGCUCUCUACUGCACACGAGAGAUCAAACAGCCAGGUUUUGUAGCUGCACCGUUUAUCGCCAGCGCGAUCCAGCCUACAGAACUCCAAAGCAGUUUCCCCAGUCCCUAACCAAGAGAAACGUAGCCACUGGCUUUGCCUCAAGAAAGCUCAGCAAGUUUGUAAUUAUUAAAGAGAAAGAGAAGCUUUAGAUUUCCCUAAAAACUGGAUGUUCUUUUUUCCAGGCUCUCCUGUGUGAAUGGUCUUAUUGCUAUGGGCAACAUCACGGAAGAGACUGCAAAUCUUAAAUUUCCCGAUAUCAUUAAGAUAUACAGGACGUAAGAUACUGUGUCCACCUACACAUCCUGACAACGGAACAGGCACACUUGGCAAAUAGAUUUUAGUAUCACAGACAAGUUCAAUCCACACCAGUGAAGAGUAUAAAUUAAUAAAAUAUUUAUGUAAUAACACUUUCCAACAAAAGAGUGGCUUACAUAGCCAAGGAAAAGAUGGUUCCUGUACCAGCAACAACUACUGUGGAUGCUAUACUGGGCUGGAAAGGGAAAGUCACUUUCUCCUGCUGAAUAUAAGGGAACUACCACGUUAAAAUGUGCAAGGUGCCUCUUCGACCAGUUAGCAAGAUCUGUGGUAAGUCACGUCACGCUUCAGCCAUCUGGGACCUGAAAGCCCACCUCCUUCCACCUGAUCCCUCUCUAAGUAACAAGCCGUUUCUGCCUUCAGAGAGGAGGCAGGUGGUGCCCGACAAACAAGCCCUCUUUUGCACCCUGACUCUGUAACACCACUGGGGAUGGGGCCCUCGCUCCGUAGCAGAGCUUUGCACACGCAGCUCUCAGGUUCAAUCCCCGGCAGCAUCUCCAGGUAGAGCUUUAUUUAUUUAAGAUGUAUUCAAGAGAAUGCCUUCUCUGUCAUGAACCCAACACCUAUUGUGAUCAUUUAGGGAGGUCCAGUUCCAGCGGUCAUCUGCCCAUUUGGAAGGCUUGGGACGGGGCCUUCUCCAUGGCUGCCCCAAGACUUUGGAAUGUGAUCCCUGUCAAAAAAAGAGCUUCUCCAUCUCUGGCUGCCCUUAAGAACUCCUUAAGACACACCUGUUUUCCCAGGCUUUUAGUUUAAACACAUUUUAACCACCGCCUAGAGAUGUACAUAUUAGGCGGUAUAGAAAUAUGAUGAAUAAAUAAAUAUUUUAAUUGUUUUGUUUUUCCCUGCUGUAUUUUUAAAACAAUGUACACCUCCUACAUACAUUACAUGGUUUACAAAUAUGACAGAUAAACCUUGCAUAAUACACCUUGCCAGCGUGGUAUAGUGGUUAGAGUGCUAGACUAGGACCGGGGAAACCCGAGUUCAAAUCCCCAUUCAGCCCUGAGACUUGCUGGGUGACUCUGGGCCAGUCGCUUCUCUCUCAGUCUAACCUACUUCACAGGGUUGUUGUGAGGAGAAACUUAAGUAUGUAGUUACUGGGCUCCUUGGAGGAAGAGCGGGAUAUAAAAUGUAAAUAAUAAUAAUAAUAAUAAUAAAUAAUGUUCGGGACUGUAGGGAGAAGGCCUUUUUAGUGGUUGCACCCCGUUUAUGGAAUAGCCUCCCCAGUGAGGUUUGCCUGGCUUCAUCACUUUGUUCUUUUAAAUACCAGGUUAAAAGACCUUUUUGUUCACUCAGGCCUUAAAAUUUUCAUUUUCAAGUUUGACUUUUAACUGAUUUUAAAUGAGUUGCUUUGUAUUGUAUUUUGUAUCCCCACCCCCUCCGCCCUUUGGUCUGCGAUGUGUUUUAUUUCAUGUUUGAAUGCUGUGUUGUGAACCACCUAGAGAACAAUCUGUUAUGGGGCAACUAACAAAUAAAAGAUUAUUAUUCAUUAUUAUCAUCAUCAUCAUCCUCCACA